AUGCCCGCGAUCGCGCCGGAUGACAAAGAUGAGGACGAGGAUGAGGAAGACGAGUCGCUAGACGGAGGUGGCGGUAUGGCGCUCGAUGCUGCGUUUGAUAGGACGUCUGAUGCUGUAGCAGGAGCGGAAGAGGGUGUGGGUGAUGCUGAGUCUGAUGCAGACGAAGUAACCUCGGAAGUCGGUGACGCGGAGCUGGGUUGUAUACUCGAACUACUUGUCGGAGCAGCGCUGGCACUGGCUAGUGACACGAGCCUCAAGAUUAGCGCAUGGCACCGAGUCGGCUUCUUCGCAGACAGAUGGCUGGUCGACGUAACAGCCAGGCUCGCUAUUGGGAUUGUCGAUGCAGCACCAUCCUUUAUCGAGGAGGUUCUGGCACUGGGGGUAGCUUUCUCCCUUUCGGAUACAGCAGAGCGUAUUGCUGGGGUUGCAGUAAGGCAGAACAGGAAGAAGACCCAUCGCGAGACCGUGAUGAACGAGCCAGCCAUCGGUCAAGCGGAUUUGGUGUUGAAGGCCGAAGGUAACAAUGCGGUACGCGUCUAG